AUGGUUAUGGCUGACAAAUAUCCGGCGGUAGAGGACGAGAACCACCAGGCGGUGGCAACAACCAGCCUAGCUGGUGAUGCACGGGGCGACCUCGACGGUAAAGCUGAAGCAUCAAUUGGUAGCUGCACUGUGUUCGGGAGCUCUUGGACAGGUGUGGAUGCAGAGCAGCAGCACCAACAUUUUGCGACUGCUGCCAAGGCUGAGCAGGAAAGUCCUCGGACACAUGGUGAAUCUUGCACCUUCCCGCCGCAGUCUGCAUUUUCUGCGCCAGAUCUGUUCGAGACCCUUUCUCUCUCCGCGAAAUACGUCAUGAGCCGGCAGCUCCGCAAUCUGAUUCGGGACGCGAAAAAGCUGCCGCAGACAACAACCUCUGCGGGAAACACCAGCAACGCGUCGUCCACCUCUUCGUCUAAAGAAAACAAGGCGUCCUACUUCAAGAAAAAACACAAGCUUCUCCAAGCGCAUUACGACGAUUUGCAGCAGAAGCAGGUCCAGGCGGAGGCGAAAAUCAAAAUCUUGCACGAGGAGGUGGAAAAGUUGAGGCUCGAAAAGGACAAAUCCGAGCAGAGAAAAACACUACUUGAAAACUUGAACGAAAACUUGAACAAGGACUACAAAAUAGCAUUCGAAAGCCACGAGGCUGUGAUCAAGGAGGAGCAGGAAAAGCGGCAGGCACUCUCCGAGGAAGUAAACGCGAAGUUGGCCGCGGUGAAAAAGUGCAUGUUUGAACAAGCUUUAUCCGAUGAAAAACUUUUUGUGGCGUCUGGGAGUGGCUGCUACGAGAGUUCUUGAGAUUCCUGUUUGCAAGAACCUUGUAUGGUACUUAGUACCCUACAUGAGAAUACUAGAUUUUGAGAUACACGUGCGAUCAUGAUGUUCGCAUCGAGUAUUGAUGCGAAAUGCUUGUCCUUGUGCUGUAAAUCCUUCUACAUCUACAGCACCAGAAGGAGCUAGCGUCUGCUGCAUGGAAAACUGCUAAGUAUAGACACUGCUACUGCCACUUACGGUUUUUCCUGCGAUACCCAGAGCAGAAGAAAAUCAAGUUUCAGGAGACCGACAGGUUACGGGAGAGAUUCCGCAUCGCGUGCGAAGCCUACAAUGCGGAGCAGCCUGUCGCGCCGAAAGCCAGGAAAGCAAAAGCUGAAGGCACGAGUCAAGAUGGAAAAGGUAAAGCUGAAGAAGCUUCCGGGGCGGGGAAGAGAAAAUUAGACGACAACGACGUGGAUGCAGAAGCGACGAGAGUAGAAGAUAUUGUCGAGCAACAAGGCGAAGCUCGUGACAACACCACCAGCAGUAGUGCAGCGCAAGAAGCAGCAACAUCCUCUCCUCGGAUUGCGGCGAAGAUUGUGGGAGGCAAGCCAAUCGACGAGGUGCCCGUCACACAUGAAGAAGAAAAAGAAGGCAUUGACGUCGACGGCGAACAAGGAAGAAAAAGCUGCAGUGCCGAUGAAGGAGCCCAUGACCCUGACCAAGAACCCAAACUACAACCUCCACCGGAACCGAGCCCGGAAGAGGCACGCAUUCUCGACAUUCAGACUCGCAUGGCGGAAGCGACAACCAGGUUGAAACAAACGAAGAUUCGGGUUCUGCAGGAGGAGAAGAGAAGUAUCGAACUCGACCAGCUGAAGGCGGCACUGAUCGAGCAAGAGACGGAAUUUAUGGGAAUGAUUUGAAAGGAAGCUUUGAUUUGUCGCUGUGUGUCUAUGCAACGAGCAACGAGGACAUCACUGAUUCAUGAAGAAAUGUGGACGCGCUUGUUGCGCACGAAUAAUGUUGUACUUAUCGAAACCGAAGUUUGAGUUUGAGUACAUCAUGUUCUGUCCUUGAUGCUGGAACGGACUUUCUGCAGCAGAGCGCAAAUUGAUAGGAUAUUUCAGUUCCAUACGCAACUCUACGCGAACGAAAUCAUUUCAAGAAACAGCUGCUAAGAGCAAGCAAACAUUGCAAAAAUACAAGCGCGAGGUACAUCCAGCGUAGUUUUAAUGACUUUCAAUUUGUCGUGUGCGAUUCUUAAAUCCGGAGAAACCUUUCCUCUUUCUUUGCACAUCCAUCUCUGUGUUUUUUUGUGAAGGAAGACCAAUGAAGAAAAUCAUGCAAAUAAGGUUGCGACGCUCCGCCGAGACUGCCAACAAGCGGAAACAGCAACGCGAAAGCUGAAGGGGAGCGGCGUCAUAGGCAGCGACGUCGACGAAUACAAUAAGCUUGUCCUGCAGGUCGAGGGCCUGGAGAAGCAGCUUGCUUUAACGAAGCGACCCCCGGGUGUGCUGGAAGCUGAGAAGGACGGCGGAACACUAGGAGGUGCGUGCAGCGGUGGUGACGGUGAAACAAGCGUUGCAGAUGGGGGUAGAAGUAACGCGACGGGUGCAGCAACUGCAAGCGACAUGGUCCUCGAUCGUGAAAAUAUAGUUGGUCACAAUAGUAACUACGCUUCUACUUCAGCACAGGGUGCAACACGUAGCGCCGGUGAGAAAGCCGAACGAAGCGGAAUAAAAGCACUGCAGACGAUCAGUCCUGGAACGUGCGUAUCCACGAGACUAUGACUUCUAGACACUGGAGGCUGAUCUGCGAAAUUUUUCAUGAGCCUAAGCAUUGAAGAUGAAAAACACAUUUCUUCGUCCUUACACAGGAGAGACGAACAAAAAUGAAGUAGUUUAGAGAUCAUGCCUUCUUUAGUCAGACACUCUUUUGUCGCCUGCAUAAGAAACCAGUGGCGGAUCAUCGCCGUCGCAUGAGAAGGACGAUCGGAGGACGGAGUCGUGAGCUGGUGUGGUUCAUCUCCUGCCGUAUACGGAGAGGCUCGUGGUCUCUUUUCGCAGUCUUCAAUGCGCCUGACUAGUACGGGGUAGCGCGCGCACUGCAAAAUAGAGCUACAUCUGAAUGGGGUUACACAAACGAAGGCAAUUGUUCCGCUUCCGUUGAGGCACAAAAGGCACGGAGGAGGAAUCAUCUUCGAGCACAAAGUAAGACUAAGACGCAACUUCAAUUGCAAGAGCUGUUUAUAAUUUCCAGUGGUUUCUGACGUAAACCUAAAUACCGAAACGGAAUAUGGAGUCACAGACGGCGGGUCGGUGCACAUGCUUAUCGUCGAUUAUGUUCGGGUUAUUCAUCCCUGCUUCAACCAGCACGGGCGUUGAGCUCCGAAUUGUAAAGCAACCCGUGAGCCAAAAGGUAUGCUUCUCACUUUCCAGAUCCAGAGCAAAAGCGUGCGUUGUUGGUCGAGUGAUUUUUUCCUCAGUACAACAGUAGCAAAAAUCCAGUUGCUUGCCACUUUUGUGGAGAGUCUGGGCGAGAGCUUGUGGCCGGCCUUUCCAUGGUGUCGAGUGAAAGGGUGAGCGAACAGAUUCAAGUUGCAGUGAACAUUAAAUGUCGUGGCAUCCACCUUCUUUUUGUUAAGAGGGUGACGAAAUAAUGUAGUUGUCCGACUAGGUCCGGAUAGGAUGUCUGCCACCCACCUAGCUGUGCCGGUGGGCGAGAGGUGCGCAGGCUCAAAGUAAAUCUAAACUAUGACGAAAGCGGCGCAGUUCGUC